AUGUUCAAGUUUCUCGUAGCUCUCACUGUGCUGGCACUGGCCAGUGCCGAUCUGGCACGCAUGCCUAUUAAGGCGCGUGAAAACUUCCAGAAGAAGGUCUCGGACAUUCGUGGUGAGAAGAAUUUGCUGCGCGCCAAAUACAAUCUGCAAAAGACGCGUGCUGUGGGCGAUGAGGAGUUGACAAACUCCAUCAACAUGGCCUACUAUGGGGAGAUCACCAUUGGCACUCCCCCGCAAUCCUUCGAGGUGUUGUUCGACUCCGGUUCAUCGAACCUGUGGGUGCCCUCAAGCCACUGCUGGAUCUUCGAUGUUGCCUGCCAGAAGCACAACAAGUACGAUCACGACAAGUCCAGCACCUAUGUGAAGAACGGUGAGACCAUCAACAUCUCAUAUGGCUCUGGCAGCAUGGGAGGCUUCCUGUCUCAGGACACAGUCAGUGUCGCUGGCCUGGAUAUUGUCGAUCAGGUGUUCGCCGAGGCUCAGAGCGAGGCCAGCAGCUUCAUUGACGCCAACUUUGAUGGUCUGUUCGGUAUGGCUUACCAGCAGUUGGCCGAAGAUGAUGUUGUGCCACCUUUCUACAACAUCGUCUCGCAGAAGCUGGUGGAUCAGUCGGUCUUCUCCUUCUACAUGACCCGCGCUGGCUCCGCCACUGACGGCGGUGAGCUCAUUCUGGGCGGUAUCGACGACACCCUGUACACCGGUGAGAUCACCUACACUCCCGUCACCACCCAAGGCUACUGGCAAUUCGAAAUGAACUAUGCUGAGGUUAAUGGCAACCAGGUGUCCACCAGCACCCAGGCUAUUGCUGAUACCGGCACCUCCCUCAUUGUGGUCACCGCUGAUGCUUACGAGACCCUCAACGCAGCCAUUGGCGCCGUCGAGGAGGAUGAUGGCAACUACUAUGUAGACUGCUCCAGCGUUGACUCGCUGCCCACAAUCACCAUUAACAUUGCCGGCCGCGACUUCCCUCUGCUGCCCUCGGCUUACAUUGUGGACGUCCAGAACGAUGAUGGCAGCACCCUGUGCAUGUCCAGCUUCACCUACAUGGGCACUGACUUCUGGAUCUUGGGCGAUGUCUUCAUUGGCCAAUACUACACCGUCUUCGACUAUGGCAACAACCAGGUUGGCUUCGCCACCGUCGCCUAAGGCGUUCAUGAAACCGUUAAACGAAAUAAACUCAAAUGCGAAAAUAAAUAAUCUGCUGAAGUCCGAAAUGACGAUCCAUCA